AUGGUCAAGCUUAUCACCCUUAUUUCCGCUCUUGCUGGCAUGAGCACUGCUGUCCUCGCUGCACCCACUUCUGGUGUCACUAUCACUGUCAAGAAUCGUUGUUCCAAUCCCAUUCAGGUCAACCAAUUGACCAACACUGUUGGUAAUCCCAAAUCUACUGCUUUAGCUGCUGGCAGCUCCACUUCCAUCAACGUUGAGUCUACCUGGGGUGGUCGUAUCUGGGCUAGAGAAGGCUGUUCUGGUUCCACUGAUUGUGAUGGCUCUGCCCCUGCAUCUCUUGCUGAAUUCCUCUUAUCUGGUGCUGCUGGUAAGGAUUACUACGACGUUUCCUUUGUUGAUGGCUUCAACUUGCCCAUCUCCAUUGCUCCCAACAGCGGUACUCCCAGUGGUUAUGAUUGUGGUGCCCCUGCUUGUUCAUCUUUGCCCUCUUGUCCCUCUGAGCUGCAACAAAAGGAUGCCAGUGGUAAGGUGAUUGCUUGUAAGUCUGCUUGUUCUGCUUAUGGUACCGACGAGUACUGUUGUACCGGUACCCAUGCUGGCCGUGGUGACUGUGGUACCAACAGCUUUGCUUCUUCUGUCAAGGCUGUUUGUCCUAAUGUCUACACUUAUCCUCAUGAUGAUUCUACCUCCAUGUACGCUUGUUCUCCUGGUUCUGGUUACACUGUCACUUUCUGUUAA